CUCACAAGGGCUAAUGUUGGCUCGACAUGACUUAUUGCAUUUAACUUCUUUCUAAAUAGUGUGCGGCAUCGUUGGUGGCAAUGAGUUCAGCAAAGCCUUACAUUGGCUGUAAAAUUGGUCUAAUUUCCAAAGCUCAAAAUCGUUAUGAGGGUAUUUUGUAUACUAUUGAUACAGUGAACUCCACAGUAGUGCUGGCUAAAGUUAAGUGUUUUGGAACGGAGGGACGACCUACUGAUAGGCCAACACCAGCCAAGGAUGACAUCUUCGAGUACAUCACUUUCCGGGGAAGUGAUAUCAAAGACAUCACACUGUGUGAAGCUCCGAGAUCUCACCAUGGCCUGCCUCACGAUCCAGCAAUAGUGCAGUCAUCCAGUGCAGGCUCCUCAGCCCUCUAUUCAGCCCAGGCACCAUUCAGUCCACUAAAGAUGCCAUCCUACAACCAGCUUGCUGCAAGCUCCCUCCUCAAUCAACAGUAUGCUGCAGCUCUUGGUCUUGGCACUGUACUUCAAGGCCCGCAGAUUAGAAGGGGCCCUAUGGUGGAAAAGGCAGUUCAAACUGUGCGUGUAGACCCAACUCAGCAGAGGAGAGCUUUGACUGCAGCCCAGGACCAGCGCUGGGAGAGCAGGAUGCCCCAGACAACUAGACGAGGAAGCUCCCAGACCAGAAGGAGCGCUGGGCCCACCAGAACAAAGGCAGGCCCAGUUGUGUCCAGUGAUCAGAGUGCAACAGCUCAAAAACGGUUGGAUGGAAAUAAUGAAAAUUGUCCACCACCGCCAAGAAGACAAGGAGCUCGAAGGCGCCGGAACCGUAGUAGAGGCCAACUCAUAGUGGGGAAUGCUCCACCCAAAACCCUUAAGUUUGAGACAGACUUUGAUUUUGCUUCUUCAAAUGCACAAUUCAUUAAGGAGCAGCUGGAGCGGGAGAAGCAGGACAGGGUGAAUAUGAGAGAGGCAAAUCAUGAGGGAGAAGAAAAAGAGGAUGAAGAUUCACACUCUAAUGAAAAGAAUGCAGAGGAUGAUCAGUUGGGGCCAAAAUGCUACUAUGACAAAGCAAAGUCUUUCUAUGAUAACAUCUCCUCUGAUAAUAAGUCCAGACGAAGUUGGGCAGAGGAGCGUAAGCGCAAUGUGGAGACUUUUGGCGUCCCUGGCCGGUUUCUGAGGGGUCAAGGCUUCAGAGGUGGAUAUUAUGGACGGAGAGGACGGGGAGCUGCUCAGAGUUUACCCUCUAAUAGAGCCAGGGGUGGACAGUAAAGGCCUCGUUUUGGAAGUGGAUUGCAUUGUCCACUAAAAGGUCCCCCAUAUGUACUAUGAAUUAUCAGAAUGACUGUCAUAUUUGGUUUGUAAAGGGAUUUAAUUUUUUUGGUGAGUGUUGGCAAACUGUGAAGGAGGUGAUGGCUACUUUUCUGCCUUAUGGUUUUUCUUCUUUUUUCUUUUUUUUUUUUUGGGCCAUCUUAAUUUUUGAUUCUUAAAAUUUUCAUUUGAAUUAAUGUUUAAGAAUAAAUCUUUGUUGCUUGUUUUUUGCCCCUUGGGUUGCUGUUCAUGAUUUGUAGAUUAUCUCAAGACAUGUGUUUGUAAAUAACUGUAAAUAUCAACACGAUAUGAACUUAAGCUUUACAGACUUUAAACAGUUAACUCCCGUAUAUUGCUUUAUUUUUGUCACUUUGAAACAAUUAAGUGAAACUGUAUUAUAAUGUAAAUAAACGGGACACUGCUGAUGCA